UCCCUCUCCGCCGGGCCCAGGGCUGGCGGCCGGCGGGGGUCGCGGCGGCGGCGGCGGCGCUGACGGGCCGCGGGCACGGGGGCCUGGCUCCGGCUCCGGGUGUUAGGAGACAAGAUGGCGGCGGCGCUGUGGAGGCUGGUCUCCUCCUCUUCUCCGCUCUCCUCCGCCCCGCCGCUCGCCGCCUCCUCGGUCUCCUCCUCCUUCUCGUUCGCUGCCUCCUCCUCCUCCUCCUGCAGCAGCCCUAGCGACCGCCGGAGCGCCGGCCCGCUCUCCCGGAGCUCCGGAGGGGGAUAGACGGGGCAGCUGCGGGCUCCGGCGACCGAGGCCGAGCUGGGGCCGGGGCGGGGACGGCGGCGGCGGCGGCGGCGGCGGCGCCGGGUGGGGAUGGGGUCGCAGACGCUGCAGAUCCUCCGGCAGGGGGUGUGGGCCGCGCUCAGCGGGGGCUGGUACUACGACCCGCACCAGGCCACCUUCGUGAACGCGCUGCACCUCUACCUGUGGCUCUUUCUGCUCGGCCUGCCCUUCACCCUCUACAUGGCUCUUCCUUCUUCAAUGAUUAUAGUAGCAGUUUAUUGUCCUGUGAUAGCUGCUGUUUUCAUUGUUCUGAAGAUGGUCAACUAUCGACUCCACAGAGCACUUGAUGCCGGAGAAGUUAUAGACAGGAGUGCGAAUGAGUUCCCAGAUCAGCGAGCCAAAGCUGAGCAAGGCAACUGUUCAACCAGGAGAAAAGACAGUAAUGGACCGAGCGAUCCUGGUGGAGGGAUUGAAAUGUCUGAGUUCAUUCGAGAGGCCACACCCCCAGUUGGUUGCAGUUCAAGAAAUUCUUAUGCUGGCCUAGAUCCAAGUAACCAGAUUGGAUCUGGUUCCUCUCGUCUUGGAACAGCAGCAACUAUUAAAGGAGACACAGACACCGCUAAGACUUCUGAUGAUAUUAGUUUAAGUCUGGGCCAGAGCUCUAGUCUUUGUAAGGAAGGAAGUGAAGAACAAGAUUUGGCAACUGAUCGGAAGCUCUUCCGUCUGGUCUCCAAUGAUUCCUUCAUCUCCAUUCAGCCUUCCUUAUCCUCCUGUGGACAGGACUUACCAAGGGACUUUAGUGACAAAGUGAGCUUGCCGAGUCAUGGCCACCACCACCACAUCGAUCAGUCUCUGUCCAACACCUGUGACACAGAAGUGGCUUCUCUCGUCCCUUUACAUUCACACUCUUAUAGGAAAGAUCACCGGCCACGAGGGGUACCACGGACUUCUAGCUCUGCUGUGGCUUUUCCAGACACUUCACUGAACGACUUCCCUCUCUAUCAGCAAAGACGGGGGUUAGAUCCGGUUAGCGAGUUAGAAUCUUCCAAGCCUCAUUCUGGAUCCAAAGAAUCCUUGGUGGAAAAUUCUUGUUUAUCUGGGGAAUUUCAGCUCGUUGGUGAGCUGAAAAACAGUAAUUCUCAGCCACCUCCAAAAAGUGGGAGGAGCAAACCUUUGAAAGCAGACAAAAGCGUGGACAGCCUGAGGAGCCUGAGCACGCGGAGCAGUGGGUCGACAGAGAGCUACUGCAGUGGAACGGACCGUGACACCAACAGUACCGUCAGCAGCUACAAAAGUGAGCAGACCAGCUCGACUCACAUAGAGAGCAUCUUGUCGGAGCAUGAGGAGUCCCCUCAAGUAGGAAAGAAAAGCGGUAGGAAGAAAGAGGAGUGCUGUGCUGACCCAGAGGACCAGAGUAGCUGUACCAGUGACAAAAGGACUAACAGUGAGAAGACUGCCUUGGAAGUGAGUACAAACAGUGGGGUUCAAGAGGCCAAGGAUCCCAGUACCUCUGAUGAUAUGCACAAUCAGAAAGGCCUCAGCACCUCUGCAUCUGAAGAAGCCAACAAGAAUCCCCACGCAAACGAAUUUACUUCGCAGGGGGACAGACCGCUUGGGAAAACCGCUGACCCCAAAGACGAGCAGAGUGAAAAGUCAGCUGUCUCAGCGGACUCGAAAGUUGGUAAAGACGGUGGUGGAAAGCAAAAGGAAGGGGAUGUACGACCUAAAUCCUCUAGCUUGAUCCACCGGACAGCCUCUGCCCAUAAGUCAGGCCGGAGACGGACAGGAAAAAAACGGGCCAGCAGUUUUGAUUCAAGUCGGCAUAGGGACUAUGUGUCCUUCCGCGGUGUUGCUGGCACAAAGCCACAUAGUGCUAUAUUCUGUCACGACGAGGACUCUAGCGACCAAAGUGACUUGAGCAGAGCAUCAAGUGUGCAGUCUGCUCACCAGGUCAGCAGCGAUAGCUCUUCCAGCACCACUUCUCAUUCAUGUCAGUCUCCGGAGGGCAGAUGCAGUGCUCUGAAGACCAAACACAUCCCGAAAGAAAGGGGCACUGACUCCGAGCACACACACAAAGCCCAUCCGGGUCCCGAAGGAACUUGCAAAAAGCGGACGACACGUCGGACUUCCAGCACAAAUAGUGCCAAGACGCGGGCCCGAGUGUUGAGCCUGGACAGUGGCACAGUAGCGUGUUUGAAUGACUCCAAUAGGCUGAUGGCACCCGAAAGUAUAAAACCCUUAACCACUUCAAAAUCUGAUCUCGAGGCCAAAGAGGGAGAGGUGCUAGAUGAGCUAUCUUUAUUGGGCCGGGCUUCCCAGUUAGAGACGGUCACUCGGUCUAGGAAUAGCUUGCCAAGCCAGGUUGCGUUUCCUGAAGGCGAAGAGCAAGAUGCGGGCAGUGGAGCAGCACAGGCCAGCGAGGAGGCAGUGUCAUUUCGCCGUGAACGCAGCACAUUUAGGCGCCAGGCAGUACGGCGCCGGCACAAUGCAGGGAGUAACCCUACCCCUCCUACAUUGCUCAUCGGAUCACCCCUCAGCCUUCAAGAUGGUCAGCAAGGCCAGCAGUCCACAGCCCAGGUCAAAGUCCAGUCCCGCCCCCCUUCCCAGGCUGCAGUGCUCAGUGCUAGUGCCUCCUUGCUGGUGAGAAAUGGGAGUGUCCACUUAGAAGCAUCACAUGACAAUGCAUCUGCUGUAGGCGGCAGCAGUUUGCACGAUGAACUUGGUAAGUUCUCUUCUACGCUUUAUGAGACUGGUGGCUGUGAUAUGUCACUUGUGAAUUUUGAACCGGCAGCAAGAAGAGCAUCUAAUAUCUGUGACACGGAUUCUCAUGUAUCCAGUUCUACCUCAGUUCGAUUUUAUCCACAUGAUGUGCUCUCUCUUCCACAGAUUCGGUUGAACAGGCUAUUGACGAUCGAUACAGAUUUGUUGGAGCAGCAAGACAUUGACCUCAGCCCUGACUUGGCAGCGACUUAUGGUCCAACCGAAGAAGCUGCUCAAAAGGUUAAACACUAUUACCGCUUUUGGAUCUUACCCCAGCUGUGGAUCGGCAUUAACUUUGACAGACUCACACUUUUGGCCCUGUUUGAUAGAAAUCGUGAGAUUCUGGAAAAUGUGUUAGCUGUCAUCCUGGCUAUUCUUGUGGCUUUUUUGGGAUCUGUUCUUCUCAUACAAGGCUUCUUCAGAGAUAUCUGGGUCUUCCAGUUCUGCCUAGUGAUAGCCAGCUGUCAAUACUCGCUACUUAAGAGUGUUCAACCAGAUUCUUCUUCUCCCAGACAUGGCCAUAAUCGUAUCAUUGCCUACAGUAGACCAGUUUAUUUCUGUUUGUGUUGUGGUCUUAUUUGGCUCUUGGAUUAUGGUAGCCGAAACCUUACUACAACCAAGUUCAAAUUAUAUGGAAUAACUUUCACUAAUCCACUGGUGCUGAUAUCAGCCAGGGAUUUAGUUAUAGUGUUUACACUCUGUUUCCCAAUAGUGUUUUUCAUUGGUCUCCUGCCUCAGGUGAAUACGUUUGUUAUGUACCUUUGUGAACAAUUGGAUAUUCAUAUCUUUGGUGGUAAUGCCACUACAAGCUUGCUUGCAGCCCUUUACAGUUUUAUCUGUAGCAUUGUGGCGGUAGCCUUACUGUAUGGAUUGUGUUAUGGGGCUUUAAAGGAUUCUUGGGAUGGCCAGCAUAUUCCAGUACUUUUCUCCAUUUUUUGUGGUUUAUUAGUGGCAAUAUCCUAUCAUCUCAGUCGACAAAGCAGUGAUCCCUCUGUACUUUUCUCUUUGGUGCAAUCUAAGAUUUUUCCAAAAACAGAAGAGAAAAAUCCAGAAGAUCCUCUGUCUGAAGUAAAAGAUCCACUGCCUGAAAAACUUAGAAAUUCUGUUAGUGAGCGUUUACAAUCUGACCUAGUAGUAUGCAUUGUAAUUGGUGUGCUGUAUUUUGCUAUUCAUGUAAGCACGGUGUUCACAGUGUUGCAGCCUGCUCUCAAGUAUGUGUUAUAUGCAUUGGUCGGCUUUGUAGGUUUUGUAACCCAUUAUGUGCUGCCUCAAGUUAGAAAACAGCUACCAUGGCACUGUUUUUCUCACCCUCUGCUGAAGACAGUGGAGUAUAAUCAAUACGAAGUUCGGAAUGCAGCCACUAUGAUGUGGUUUGAGAAACUUCAUGUGUGGCUUCUUUUUGUGGAGAAGAAUAUCAUCUACCCAUUGAUUGUUCUUAAUGAACUUAGUAGCAGUGCAGAGACCAUUGCUAGUCCAAAAAAACUGGAUACAGAAUUAGGUGCUUUAAUGAUCACCAUUGCUGGUCUGAAGUUGCUACGAUCCUCUUUCAGCAGCCCUACAUAUCAGUAUGUCACAGUCCUCUUCACUGUGCUCUUUUUCAAAAUCGACUAUGAAGCGUUUUCAGAGACCAUGUUGUUGGAUCUCUUCUUCAUGUCUAUACUCUUCAACAAGCUUUGGGAACUCCUUUAUAAAUUGCAGUUUGUGUACACUUACAUUGCCCCAUGGCAAAUUACAUGGGGUUCUGCUUUCCAUGCUUUUGCUCAGCCCUUUGCAGUACCCCAUUCAGCCAUGUUGUUUGUUCAGGCUGCUGUAUCGGCCUUUUUUUCUACUCCACUAAAUCCCUUUCUAGGAAGUGCAAUAUUCAUCACUUCGUAUGUUCGACCUGUCAAAUUCUGGGAGAGAGACUAUAACACAAAACGAGUGGAUCAUUCGAAUACCAGAUUGGCUUCCCAGCUUGAUAGAAAUCCAGGAUCAGAUGACAACAAUCUGAAUUCCAUCUUUUAUGAACAUUUAACCAGAUCCCUACAACACAGUCUCUGUGGUGAUUUGCUCCUAGGACGGUGGGGAAACUACAGUACGGGGGACUGUUUCAUUCUUGCCUCUGACUACCUCAAUGCAUUAGUACACCUUAUAGAGAUAGGCAACGGGCUAGUCACUUUCCAGCUGCGGGGACUUGAAUUCAGAGGUACUUACUGUCAACAACGGGAAGUAGAGGCCAUUACUGAAGGCGUUGAAGAAGAUGAAGGAUUUUGCUGUUGUGAACCUGGUCAUAUUCCUCAUGUGCUUUCAUUUAAUGCUGCAUUUAGCCAGCGCUGGCUAGCUUGGGAAGUGAUAGUCACUAAGUAUAUUCUGGAGGGGUAUAGCAUCACUGACAAUAGUGCUGCUUCUAUGCUUCAAGUCUUUGAUCUUCGGAAAGUACUCACCACUUACUAUGUCAAGGGUAUCAUUUAUUAUGUUACAACUUCUUCUAAGCUAGAGGAGUGGCUAGCUAAUGAGACAAUGCAGGAGGGACUGCGUUUGUGUGCAGAUCGAAAUUAUGUUGAUGUAGACCCAACAUUUAAUCCAAACAUUGAUGAAGACUAUGACCAUCGACUAGCUGGCAUAUCCAGGGAGAGUUUCUGUGUGAUUUACCUCAACUGGAUAGAGUAUUGCUCUUCCCGAAGAGCAAAGCCACUGGAUGUAGACAAAGAUUCAUCCCUGGUGACUCUUUGUUAUGGACUUUGUGUCCUGGGACGGAGAGCUUUGGGGACUGCAUCCCACCAUAUGUCCAGUAAUUUAGAGUCAUUCCUCUAUGGACUGCAUGCCCUAUUUAAAGGAGAUUUCCGUAUUUCUUCAAUUCGAGAUGAAUGGAUCUUUGCUGACAUGGAAUUACUAAGGAAAGUAGUAGUCCCGGGGAUCCGCAUGUCCAUUAAACUUCAUCAGGAUCAUUUCACUUCUCCAGAUGAGUAUGAUGACCCUACUGUGCUCUAUGAAGCCAUAGUGUCUCAUGAAAAGAACCUCGUAAUAGCUCAUGAAGGGGACCCUGCGUGGCGGAGCGCGGUUCUUGCCAAUUCUCCCUCCCUGCUUGCUCUGCGGCAUGUCAUGGAUGAUGGCACCAAUGAAUAUAAGAUCAUAAUGCUGAAUAGACGAUACCUGAGCUUCAGAGUCAUUAAGGUUAAUAAGGAAUGUGUCCGAGGUCUUUGGGCAGGACAACAGCAAGAGCUUGUGUUUCUACGUAACCGUAAUCCAGAGAGAGGGAGCAUCCAGAAUGCAAAACAAGCUCUGAGAAACAUGAUAAACUCAUCUUGUGAUCAACCUAUUGGCUACCCAAUCUUUGUCUCCCCCCUGACAACUUCUUACUCUGACAGCCACGAACAGCUUAAAGAAAUCCUUGGGGGACCCAUCAGCUUGGGCAAUAUCAGAAACUUCAUAGUGUCAACCUGGCACAGGUUAAGGAAAGGGUGCGGGGCUGGCUGUAACAGUGGUGGCAAUAUUGAAGAUUCCGACACUGGAGGUGGAAUUUCCUGCACUAGUAACAAUGCAACAAGUGCCAGUGACCCCCAUAGCAAUGUGUCCCAGGGAAGCACUGCAAAUCCAGGGCAAGGGUCGGGAGCAGGACCCCAUCCACCUGUCACAUCUUAUCCUCCAACACUAGGCACUAGCCACAGCUCCCACUCUGUCCAGUCGAGCCUGGUCAGACAGUCCCCUGCUCGGGCCUCAGUGGCCAGCCAGUCGUCUUACUGCUACAGCAGCCGGCACUCGUCUCUCCGGAUGUCCACCACGGGGUUCGUGCCCUGUCGGCGCUCGUCCACCAGUCAGAUAUCGCUCCGGAACUUGCCGUCCUCCAUCCAGUCCCGCCUCUCCAUGGUGAACCAGAUGGAGCCCUCCGGUCAGAGCGGUGUGGGCUGUGUGCAGCAUGGCCUCCCCUCUUCCAGCAGCUCCAGCCAGAGCAUCCCGGCCUGCAAACAUCACACUCUCGUGGGCUUUCUUGGGACAGAGGGAGGUCAGAGCAGUGCCGCCGACGCCCAGCCGGGCAACCCCUUAAGUCCUGCCAAUAAUUCACACGCCAAAAGGGGGGAAGUGAUUUACAGAGUCCAAAUCGUGGAUCCCAGUCAAGUUCUGGAUGGGAUCAACCUAUCAAAAAGGAAAGAGCUGCAGUGGCCUGAUGAGGGUGUCCGGUUAAAAGCUGGGAGAAACAGCUGGAAAGACUGGAGUCCUCAGGAGGGCAUGGAAGGCCAUGUGAUUCACCGAUGGGUGCCUUGCAGCAGAGAUCCAGGUACUAGAUCCCACAUCGACAAGACAGUACUUCUGGUCCAGAUUGAUGAUAAAUAUGUGACUGUCAUUGAAACCGGGGUACUAGAACUUGGGGCUGAAGUGUGAGCCAGUGUUUUAUAACUACAUUUCUCUUCCCUCUCCAUUCCGAGACGUUGGAAAAAGAGAGGAGAGCGCAGAAGACGCCUGCAGGUUUUCCUCUGCUCCUGUGUGGGAGAUACUUGGAUGUAGAGUGGGCUCGGCCAAGCGCCUCUCCUUCGCCCUUCACCCUGACUCCUGUCACUGUCUCCAUCCCCAAAUAAAGCUGAACUAUUUUUUUAAGUUAGCUGCCGACAAAACAUUUUGCAUGAAGGAUAAAGUUCUGUUAAAUUACGUCCUUACAAAAAUUUUUUUCCUAUGCAUUGCCUAUGCUUUAAAUCAACCAACUCUUCAUUUCUAAACUACAAUCUCAUAUUUUUCUAAUUUCUUUGCCAAAAAUAAUUGCCAUGUUUUGUCAUAGAACAUGAAAUCCAUUUACCUUGAUUUUUAAAAACAGACCAGUGUAGAAACCUUCACUUUGACGUUUAGCAGUAUGAAAGUUUCAUGUACAGUGAAAGAGACUAUGAACAGACAUAGAUUUAUCUUAUUCCUUGAGCGCUAAAAACUUUAAUGAGAAAACUGCACUAAUUUUUUACAACAAUGCACUAAAGUCUGAGAUUUCUCAGAACAUUUAUUUAUAUAUAAAAAUAAAAUACCAUUAUUUAAAUUGCCUUUGGGAUUAACCCCUGCCCUUUCCUUAAACAUACAUAGCAGGAACUGUGCUGCUCAUUUUUUUGUCAGUAACCUAUACUCCAUGCCAGUACAUUGGGUGUUUUCUCUAAAAUGAACGUUAAGGAUCAAGAGGUACAUAGCUUCAUCGUUGGAGAUAGCGGUCAGUGCGUCGGUCCUGUGAACACCACUGCCAGCUCCUGUGUCCACACAUCGGAGGCGCUCCAGCACCGGUGUGCCCCAGCUCCUCUUGGGGCAAGCUCUGCUGGGGUCAGUUCUGGGAAGAAAAUAUUUUUAUUUUUCAAAGAAGAAGAUGAGCAUCCAGGAACUUAAAAAAAGGAUCGAUUGCUUUUCUAUUGAGAGUCAUUAGCUCUUGAAGUUACUCACAUGCAGUUCAGUUAAUCAAGUAAAAUUUUUUCAAACGAAAUUAUCCAGAUGGUGCAGUUCUUGUUAUGUCCCUCUUCAAUAACCUCGCCUCUUCUUUUGCUCCUCUCUUCUUUUUCUAUUACUUGAAUUUUAUUUCCUGUAAUUUAUAGUGUGUAGGUGUAAUUUGAAGUAUUUAUAACUGUGAAAUUGACUUAAUAUGUUGUCUCAUAACUUAAAUUUUAUUGUUUUUUUUUUUUUAAUACGUGUGUAUUCAGGGAAAUAUAUAAUUCAGAUUUACAAUUGGGCUAGGUGGAAACUGUGGUUUAGAUUUAAUUUUCAACUUCCGGCAUUUUUUAAAUCCUUCCGAAAACUUUCCCCUUUUGUGUGAAACUCCAAAGAAUAUAUAUAUAUAUCUCCUGAGCAUUUAGGAGCAGCCAUCUUUCCACCCCACUGCAAACGGGAAGUAGAAAGCAGGUGUGAAGUUAAUCUUCAAUGUGUAUUUUAUUUAGUCUGAUACAUCCAGAGUGUUACUCUUUCCCCAUGUGGCGCUAGCCACAUUUCAGGUACUCACCGGCCACAUGUGCCUGGUGGCUCCUGUAUUGGACGGCACAGGUGUAAAGUAUCUUUUGAUGAGGUGACAGGAGAGAGAAGCUGUUUCCGCACUAACCCCUACUGUCGCUCUCACAGUAUAGCAUAACACUUCCGUAGAUGGAAUGAAAACUAACAUCCGACUACAUUUCCAUUCCACAGUGUGGUUAUUUUGCCCUUUUCUAAUUUACAGUUUUCGUAGUUAUUCAGGAUCCAGUGUACCUCGUGCUGACAUUUCCAGACUUCGCGCUUUGCCAAAUGUACUUUUUAAAAACAUUUGUCAAGUGAUUUACUGAACCUUUACACAAAGGUACCCUUUCUAAAUUGACCAACUAAAACGUAUUUUCCUGAUACUGUUGUUACAUUCUGUAUUUGCCGCAUUUUGGCAAAUCUACAGUAUGUCAUUAAGGUCCAAGGCUUUUAUGUUUCUCUUCUGAAACCGAAUAUAUGAUCUAUCUAACCAUCUAUAUUUAUUUAAAAUCUUCUCAAAGGAAUUAUGAUUCCUGCUGCCUGUUCUCUUUCUGAAGUGAAUAUGAUCUUUUCAUGGUCAUUACCUAGAUGGGAAGAUAAGUGGAAUCCUUUCAGUCCUAAAUGGAAGAUAAUUCAUUUUCCUACACAGAAAAAAAAAAAAAAUCUGAGCUUCAGAUGAUUCAGUCAGAAGGGCUAUUCCUAGCCUCACAC